AUCCUCUGUAACUCUCUCACCCAUUUCUGCUUUCUUCCCUCUUCGAUUCCAAGCAUAGUAGAUCCUUGCCCUCGGUAGGCUGAGUCUCUGUGAGUAUCUUUGGUUCUUUCUUCUCCUUAUUCUCUCUCUUCUAUCCUCCUUUUCUUCUCUCGAAGCUUGCUUUUUUAUUUCUUUGCCUACUUUAAUAGCUUCCGGAAAGAACCGAGUUCCUUCUGUUCGCCAAAAGCUAGAAUUCGAUUCUUUCCAGGUUUCCGCUUUCUUCCCCCAUCUCACUCUCGCUGUUUUAAAUCGUUUUUUGAGAUUUUUUUAUGUUUUUUUGGCGUUAGAAUGAGUAAAAAGCGCUUCUUCAUGUCGUUUAGCUUCGGGGAUUUCGAUCGGCAUCAUAGAUGAGCCGUCGUCUGCCCAAUCUUGUUUUUCUUUUUUCUUUUUUUUUUUUGAUUUCUUGAUCGAGAGGUGAAGUGCAGCAAUGGCAGGCGAAGAGGGUGCGGCCGUCGGUCCUCUCUCCGGUAGCCGGAAAAUAUUCUGGAGGUCGGCGUCGUGGUCCUCUUCCCGGACAUCUGCACCGGACCGCUCCAGCUGUUCCACUGAAGAAAAGAAUUCGACCAACGCCCCGUUCCGGCGCUGCCCGCCGCCUCCCCUGACCCCCAGAUCCCAGAGCGGCAAGGCUCGCUCCUGUCUCCCCCCUCUCCAGCCCCUCUCCAUCGCCCGCCGGAGCUUGGAGGACUGGCCCGACGCCAGCAGUGACGACGUCGGGGAGUGGCUGCAGCCCCCCACCCCUAGCGGGAAGCCCGGUGAGGGCCUGAAGCUGGAUCUGUCCUCGCUGCGGUCCCAGGUUAAGAAAGAUCAGAUCGCCUUCUUUGAUAAGGAGUGCUCCAAGGUGGCCGACCACAUCUACCUCGGUGGAGACUCCGUGGCCAAGAACCGUGAAAUCCUUCGCCAGAAUGGAAUCACCCACGUCCUCAAUUGUGUUGGAUUCGUUUGCCCGGAGUACUUCAGGUCUGAUCUCGUUUACAAGACCCUCUGGUUGCAGGAUAGCCUGACGGAGGAUAUCACGAGCAUAUUAUAUGAUGUGUUUGAUUACUUCGAGGAUGUCCGAGAGCAGGGCGGAAGGGUGUUUGUCCACUGCUGCCAGGGGGUGUCCCGAUCCACCUCGCUGGUUAUAGCUUACCUCAUGUGGAGGGAGGGGCAGAGCUUUGAUGAUGCAUUCCAGUAUGUUAAGGCUGCGAGGGGGAUCGCCAAUCCGAACGUGGGUUUCGCUUGCCAGCUGCUUCAGUGCCAGAAGAGGGUCCAUGCCAUCCCACUGAGCCCCAAUUCAGUGCUGAGGAUGUACCGAAUGGCACCUCACUCAUCUUAUGAUCCUUUGCACCUAGUGCCAAAGAUGUUGAAUGAUCCUUCACCAGCUGCUUUGGAUUCGAGGGGGGCGUUCAUCAUUCAUGUCCUCUCAUCGAUUUAUGUCUGGGUCGGUAAGAAUUGCGAACCAGUGAUGGAGAAGGAUGCGAAAGCUGCGGCCUUUCAGGUGGUAAGAUAUGAGAAGGUGCAGGGGCCUGUCAUGAUGAUUGAAGAAGGUGAUGAGCCAUUGGAGUUUUGGGAGGCAUUUUCAGGUGCCCCUCUGAAUUCAGAUAGUGCCACAAAGAUUAACAAGGAACAGAUUGAAACAGCAGUCAAGGUUGCCGUUGGUAAGAGGAGAGUGGAGUCAUAUGAUGUAGACUUUGAGCUUUUCUAUAAGGCAAUUACUGGAGGGGUUGUGCCACCAUUCUCUUCUUCAGGACCAGGGCAGGAAACCCACCUUCCGGCAAGAGAAAGCAACUGGAGUAUAUUGAGGCGUAAGUUCAUAACUGGUCCUAUUUGCAGAGUUUAUUCAGAUUCUGCAUUGGUGAGGGGUAUGGAUCCCCGCAUGGACCGAGUGCAGCUUUUGGCUGCAGAGACAUCUACAUCCCCUCCAUAUCCUUCUCCGAGUUCACUUUCCUCUGACUCGAGUAUGAGUUCAAAGUGUAGUUCAGAGUCACCUUCCAUCUCUCCUUCAACAUCCUCCUCUCCUUCACUUACACCAUCACGAGCUUCAUCUAACUUGCCUGAACCUUUGCCACCAUCAUCUAGGCCUUUUCUCCAAUUCUCAGGCAAUAUGCAACCCUCGAAGUGUUUUCGGGAAUCAGGUUCUUCUCCAUCUAAGGGGCUUGCACGCUCUAUUGCUGAAAGGAGGGGAAGCUUUUCACAUCUGAAAUUGCCAUCACUAAACAAAAAUGAUGCUUCAUUGUUAUCUCAGAAGGUGUUAAAAACAUCGUCUGUAUAUGCCAAAAGUGCAAAUGAAGUCACAGAUAGGAGUAAGGAUGACCACAUGUCCAAAGAUGAUGCUUUAGACAUGAAAGGUAGUGUAGGGGAAGUUUCAGAUGUCAAGUGCAUAGGUGAAUCUGCUGUUAAUAGUGCAGAAAGUAGGGUGAGUUCCCAGAAAAAUCAUCUCGCACAAGAUCAAGUGCUGCCUGGUUCAACUGGAAGGGUUGUUGUUAGGUUGGAGAGUCCAAAUCCUACAAGUCUUUUAGUGUAUCGCUGGCCUAAUAUGGAAAAGCUAGCAACAUUUGCUAGGGAAGAUCUUGAUUCCAAAGGAGUGUUUCUUUUUUUGAUUCCUAAUGCUGGUAAAAGUGGAGAGGCAGAUAGGAUUUUAUAUUUGUGGAUAGGAAGUGGCUUUGAACAGGCUAAUGCUCAAAUUCAAUUAAAGAUCAGCAAAGAUGUGGGAGAAGUUAUUCCAAAUGACUGGCACCAAGUUGGUUGUGAGUUUCUUGAUUUAAUGGGCCUGCGGAAGGACCUUCCAGUUAAGGUUGUUAAAGAGCAGGAGACAGAGAAAUUCCUGGAAUUGCUGAAUUCUACUUAAUGUUCGCUCUGCAAUGAAGCAUUCUUGAAGCUCGACUCUGAUUUCUCUUACGUCCAAUUUUUAUACAGUGGAGUUUCUAUGACAUUUUGCUUAAAUUGCUCGAGUCCGCAAUGAUCGGUGAGGAGGCUGCCAGAAUGUCACAUCUGUGGCUACUAACAUUUUGGCACGCUUGGAUGUAAAUUGUCCGCUCCCCUGUAUGAAGAAACUCUGAUUUUUUAAGACCCUUUGUACAUUAUCACAAGCAGAUUUGAUAGCUCAUUUGCUUAGUUGAUGAACUGAAUCCUCUCUCUCGUAAUGAAUCAACUCAUUACUUUUUCCA